GGUGUCAGCACAGUUGGGACUCGUAGAGACAGCAGUGGUCUGCAGGUGCAGGUCCUCCAUGACUUCACCCCAGGGUCCAGGGAGCUGGGUCUGAGGGAGGGGGAUGUGGUGACCAAUGUGGAGCAGGUGGACAGUGAGUGGUACCGCGGCUCCUGUAGAGGCUCCUCUGGCUUCUUCCCUGUCAGCUAUGUCAAAGUUAUGUCAAAUGCACCAACACCGACCAACGCAAAGAAGGCAAGACCCCCCCCUGCAACAGUCAGUGGACCAAGGUGUGUGGCGCGGUUCGACUUCGAGGGUGAGCAGAGUGACGAGCUAACCUUUUCUGAGGGAGACGUGAUUCAGCUAAAGGAGUACAUGGAAGAGGAGUGGGCGAGGGGACAGAUAGGGGCCCACACUGGAAUCUUCCCCAUCAACUUUGUGGAUAUCAUAGAAGAUCUUCCUCCUCUGCCACAACCACAACGACAGCAAUCAUUCCCCACCAAGAUGGCACUACCUGGCAUGGUUUCUUCAACCAAGACCCAAGAGGCUGCCAAACCCAUACAGUCUGGUUCGUCAGGAGUGGAGUGGGCCGUGGCUCUGUGACUUUGUAGGCCAGGCA